AGUGUUUACGGGAAUACAUUUGUAAUUUCCCACUUUUUAUGCGUUGCCUGAACGCCUUCUAUUCACUCACAUGCCGCCCUUAGUGCACCAGCCAAUCGGCGGCGACAAGCCGCUUAUCUUGGCCAAUCAACGCACAGCAAGCUUCUUCCUCGCCAAUCAGAUCUAAAUAGGAAGCAUAACGGCAACUUUGAAGGCUGCGACUGAUGCCAUAUACAAACUUGCUAGCUAGCAUCAGCGUCGCAACCUCAGAGUAAAGACGCAAGUACCGCUGGAGUGGAACACAUGCUUCAAGUGAGGGGGGUUGUAGACGAGUGUUGAACUGCUGUUCGCACCUUCUGGAACAGUCGGCGAGCGCUGGCGUCCACGCGCGCGGCUGCAGGUGGCUAACAACAUUAGCUCCGGAGGGAAGGACAGAGAGAUGGACGCCGGCUGGAGCUGGGCUUCACCUCCGCUCCGCUCGUCGUGACGGCAGGUUGCAGCAUCAGGACCACCAUGUACCAAAGUUCCACUCACUCCAGCCAGUCUGGCAGCAUCACCGAGCUCCUGAGCGCCCUCUGUGACAGCAGCCUGUCUGGGGUGUCAUGGAAGCGGCGUGCGCUGGGCGGUGUCUCCAGAGAAGGCUACCAUCGAGUCCUGAAGCGGCGAGCCUACGGCGCCCUGCUGUCCAAGCUCUUUCAAGAUGCGGGCAAAACGACCAGGCCAGAUCCCUUGGCCAGAACCCCGGCCCGGAACCGGGUCCUGAUGAUUUGUUUUGACCUGAGAGUGGCGGGCUGCCGGGAAGAGGCGGAGCGGCUGGAAGAGCAGCUGGAGAGGCUCCCUGACGGAGAGACGUCUGGGCUGAAGGAAGUCGACGCAGUCCUCCAGCUCCUAGUGCACCUGGCAGGUUCCGCCCCCCCGCCCCCCACCUCCUUCAGUCGGGACUACAUGCGGCGGGAGAGGCCGGUGCUGCGACGCCAGCAGCCCUGGUGCUACCAGAGCGAGGAGCUGCAGCGGCUAGAGGCCCGGGCCUGGGGUCUGGUUUGUGGCGAGGAGUGGGGCGCCGUGGAGAGCCUGUGUGGCACUCACAGGUUGAUGGACGCGGCGCCCGGAACCGGUUUGCUGGGUCUGAGGUCCAGAACUGAUACUGAGGAAAGAUUUGAAAGAGAGACGCGGAUGUCUCUGUUUGGAGCGCUGCAGCACAGCCGGACCUCAGACAUGGACAUCAGGCUGGACCUGCCGCCUGUUCCGGGCAACAUCGACGUCACUGGUCUGGCCAUCAAGGUCCCGUCCUGUUUGGAUCAGUCGGAGGACGAGGGCUUUCAGUCGUCUUCCAACUUGACCCCAGACUCGCAGUCAGAGACCAGCCCGAGUCCAGAGGUCGACAUAUGGGAGACCCUCCGAACCUUUGAGCCAGGAGUUCGCCGCUGCUGGGAGACAGUCGGCUGCCCACCCGGCAAGAAGGAGUCCCUCUACCUGACAGAAGGAGGCAGGGAGGCGUUCGACCAGCUCUAUCGUCUGUGGGAGGGGGAGAUGAGGGUGGUGAGCUCCAGCCCUCCCUCUCCUCUCUUCCUGCUUCCUCUGGACUCUCAAACACAACUGGUGACCGACCUCCUCAACGUGCUGAUCGGAGUGGCCUCCACCACCUUCCCCCUAAACCAGAGUGUCGAGUUUGACGUGCGGCCCGGCGUGUGUGUGUCCGGAGCGUCUCCGGAGAGUGUGGCCCGCCUCCUCGGGGAGCUGGCUCAGUACGGCACCGAUUACCUGCGACUGAGCCGCUUCUCUCUGCAGAGUGCUGACAAGAAAGGCUUGGUUUUCCAGGCGUUCACUGGGGGCCUCAGGAAGUACCUGCACUACUACCGGGCGUGUGUCCUGAGCACCCCGCCCACCCUCAGCCUGCUGACCAUCAGCUUCCUCUUCCGUAAAGUGGGCCGGCAGCUCAGGUACCUGUCGGACCUGUGCCACGUGGACCGUGUCGACCACGACUCCUUUCCGGUGGUGAGUGAUGACCUUCCACCUUCGUCGGCGUGUUCUCAGACAAGACGUGGACUCGGGGGUGUUUCUUCUCAGGGUGUUAAACUGCUGUCAUACCUGUACGACGAGGCGCAGAACAACUGCAGCAACGAGAACUACCCCAUCCUGCUGUCCCUGCUGAAGAGCAGCUGCGAGCCCUACACCAGGUUCGUGUCCGACUGGGUGUACAGCGGAAUAUUCCGGGAUGUUUACGGAGAAUUCAUGAUCCAGGUCAACGAAGACUAUCUCGGCUGUCGAGAUAAAAACUUUUGGGUUCAAGGCUACACGCUGAUUUCUAAGGACGUGGAAGACAACGUGCCGGUCUUCCUGAGGCACAUCGCGAAUGAGGUGUACGUGUGCGGGAAAGCCAUCAACCUGCUGAAGAUCUGCUGCCCUCAGCACUACAUCUGUAUGUCUGAGCUGCCGGCGCCUCGCAUCGCCGUCACCUUCUCGCUUCAGGAGGUGGAGCAGAUCGAGAAGGACUGCGCUGUGUACCGCGGACGCAUGGAGAGGAUCGCCAAGCACAGCGCCACCAGCAGGGAGGAGCAGAGUCUGAGAGCAGAGCGAGCGCGUCAGGAGCUGAUCAACACUGUCAGAGAGUCAGCUGCUAGAACUCUGGAUAGCAUCAGAGGGCGACAGGUGUCACAGCGUCUGGCAGAAGAGGCCAAGAAGAGGGAGCGGUUCGAGGAGCUGAAGCAGCAUCUGGAGCAGGAGCAGGAGUGGCGAAGUGCGGCUCAGAAGAAGCAGGAGGAGGACGACUUCAGCUACGCCAGAGAGCUGCGAGACAGAGAGAAGAGACUGGCAGCUCUGGAGGAGCAGCUGGAGCAGAGAGCCAGGAACGAGCUGAUCGCGCAGUACAGCCAUCUGUCGGAGGAAGGGGCCCGCAGAGAAAGACGGGCCAUGUGGCGAGUGCAGCGGAGGAGACUGGACGAGGCCCGAGCGCGCUUCUUCACACGGGACGAGCAGCAGCUGCAGGCCCUGCUGGAGCAGUUCCCCGUCGGCCGGGAGCGGCCCGGUGGGGAAGCGGCGCCGCCUGUUCCAUUGUUGCAACAGACUGGACCGCAAUCUGCACCGGUACAGAAAGACUUUGAGUCCAGCAGCUCGGCUCAGUGCGCCCUCAACUCUCUGAAUAUUCAGGCGUCUUCACAGGAGACUGAAGCAGAGUGUGAGCAGCAGCCGGCAGAUCAUGAGGCUUUAUCGCCCCCUCAUGGAGAGUCUUCUCUUCCUCCUCCAGUGCUCAGUAACAACUCUCCGCAAAAUUCCUCAAGUCCGGAUGGCCAGCGAGUGGAGGAGGCGCUGCCGACAGUUGGACCCGACCUCGCUCAGGAGUGUCCGACUGGGCAGCUGAUAGACUACGAUUUCAGUGCCCCCUUCAGUCCGCUGGAGGGAAUCACCGCCGCUCAGCCAGACCCAAACAAGAAGCGCCCCUCUUUCUCCCACGUUCUUGUCGGAGAGAACGUGUCGCAAGUCCAAGAAAGACUCCCCAAGCCGAACCCCUUCGGCCAGGCGUCCGACUCCAGUUUUCCCCUGGGCCAGUUCACUCCAGACGAGGCAAGAAAAGUCCGAGAGGAAACACCAUCUGGUUUGGUGGCAUCAGACAGUUUUGUCUUUGAUUUUGCAACGAUUGCAAAGCCGGACACUUCAGAAAAGGAUCCUGAGGGACGACUGGAGAACAGAUUGUUGGAUGUGAGCACACCUCAGUCUUCUCAAAACGCCACCGACGAUACUUCAGACGCUGUGAUGGGAAAGUGGGUGUCUGACUCGGCUAACGUCCAUAUGGAGCUCCCCCUCAGCCAGGCAGGUGUUGGUGAAGUCCAUCAGCCGGAGCAGGAUCACUCGUCUCAUUCCACAGUUGACUUGGUUCCUCCUCAUGUCGAAGUUUCGAACUCAGAUGUCAAGGCUGGAGUUCCUGAAGGUGGCGCUCUUCCACCGCCCAAAAGCGUCCACGGUCACGCGUCAGAUUCGCACAUCAAAGUUGGUGAGAACGUGUCUGACAUCGUCGCGGCUCUUCCGACACCAAACCUGCACGGUCACGCCUCCGACUCGCACAUCAAGGUCGGUCAGCUGGUGUCAGAGGUCGUGGAUGCUGUGCCGUCCCCCAGCGUCCACGGUCACGUGUCCCACGCACACAUCCAGGUGGGGGAGAACGUGUCCGAGGUUGCAUCGCCACUUCCUACCGCCAACGUCCACGGCCACGCCUCCGACGCGAACCUGAAGGUGGGCGAGUUCGUGUCCAACGUCCCGGAGGAGAAGCCUCGCUGGAGUAAGCACGGACACGCGUCCGACUGUACGCUUCAGAUAGGUUGUGUGGUUCCUGGAAGUGAGCCGGCAACCCUUCCGCUACCUGGCAGCGCCCACGGUCACUCCUCCGACUCCACGCUAGGAGUCGGGUGUUUGGUCUCUGAGCCCGAACUGAAGCGUUCGCCUCUACCUGGCAGCACUUACGGACACUCCUCCGACUCCACGCUAGGUGUUGGCUGCAUCGUCAUGCAGGAAGAGCCCAAACUUCUCCCGCUUCCUGGAAGUUCUCAUGGUCACUCUUCGGACUCCAAACUCGGCGGGGGGUGCGUCGUGUCAGAGGAGGAGCCUAAACGUUCACCGCUUCCUGGCAGCACCUACGGACACUCGUCUGACUCGACCCUGGGAGUCGGCUGUGUGGUGGGACAGCCUGCUGCCGCCGUCCACGACGUUGGGCAGCAAAACAACGGUUCUGAGGAAACCAGCGAGUCGCCAGCUGAGGGCGCCGGAUCCUGGACGGCCUGCCUUGGUUUGUCUCCCGGAGAAAAGUCCGAGCAGGAAUAUCUGUCCGCCCUGUUGGAUCAGUACCAGGUGGAACACUAUGAGGACUGCUCUGCUCUGAUGGAUUCGUCUCCCGAGUGUCAGCUGCUGAAGAAGGUGACUCCGGGACCCUGGGGCCUGCACGCCGGCACCACCCACUGCAGGGCCACGGACACCACCGCCGUCCAGCUCAGCAAGAUGGUUUCUCUGCCUGUCCUCAUCAAACACUCUGUCACCACGCCGCUGACCACGCACGUGUCCCUGGUGAACAAGGCCGUGGUGGACUACUUCUUCGUGGAGCUGGCGGUGGAGCGGCACUUUGAGGUGCUGCGGCACUUCCUUCUGAUGGAGGACGGAGAGUUCGCUCAGUCCCUCAGCGACCGGCUCUUCGAGAAGCUGGGCAGCGGUCAGACUCCGGGCGAGCUGCUGACCCCGCUGGUCCUCAACUCCAUCCUCAGCAAGGCCCUGCAGUACAGUCUGCACGGCGACGCUCCGCUGGCGGGAAACUUCACCUUCGCCCUGCGCUACCUGCCCGAGACCUUCCACCCGCACGCCCCCGACUCGCUCAACUGUCUGGAGCUGCGCUACAAGGUGGACUGGCCCCUGAACAUCAUCAUCACCGACAGCUGCAUGAACAAGUACAACCGCCUCUUCUCCUUCCUGCUGCAGCUCAAACACAUGGUGUGGAGCUUGAGGGACGUCUGGUUCCACCUCAAGAGGACAGCGCUGGUCCGCGGCGCCGGUCGCUCGGUCCAGUUCCGACAGCUGCAGCUGUACCGACACGAGAUGCAGCACUUUGUCAAGGUCAUCCAAGGUUACAUCGCCAACCAAAUCCUGCAAGUGUCUUGGAGCGAGUUCACUGCCAAGCUGGCCGCCGCUGGAGACCUGGACGCCAUCCACCGCACUCACGCCGACUACCUCAACAGAGCCAUCUUCAGGGGUCUGCUGACGGAGAAGGCGGCUCCGGUCAUGAACAUCAUCCACAGCAUCUUCAGCCUCAUCCUCAAGUUCCGAGCUCAGCUGAUCGCACAGCCGUGGAGCAGCCAGCAGGGGGAGGCGGUGCAUCCCAGCUUCAUCGCCAUGCAGCAGUCGUACAACACCUUCAAGUACUACUCGCACUUCCUGUUCAAAGUGGUGACCAAACUGGUGAACCGGGGUUACCAGCCUCACCUGGAGGACUUCCUGCUGCGCAUCAACUUCAACAACUACUACAAAGACUCCUGAGUCCUGCAGCGCCCCCUGCUGUUUGAACCACGCCCCUCAGCUCACGUGUGUGGCUGCAUGUUGACACCGAAGCCCACCCAUCCCAUUGUCCCGGGACGAUCAUGUGACCUCCAAAUCUUUGAUUAAAAGCACAACAACAUGAACUUUAGUCCAAAAAUAGUUGUGUUUAUUCAGAGUUAGGUGACGAGUUUACUGACCAGCUCUUCCAGCAGCGAUGUACAGGAGAUGAUGAUGUCAUGGUUUGUCGUCCUCAAACCUAAGUGUUUCACCCUUUCAUCACACGCACAGACACACACAAGCUCCACCACCUGACCAAGAAACAGCUGCAAGCCAAGCCACACAGACACACUCUUCUGAAGGUCGUGGUACCAGAACACAAAUGAAGUGAGAGCCAAGGGUUAACGCCAUGUCUGUCAGUUUCAGGUCACGGUCGGAAUCACCUGGCCUGACUAGUGUUGCUUCAUCAUCUUCAUCAGAGUAGCAGGAAGCACCUGUACAACAGCAUCGUAGGAAUGACGGCGAUAGGACCCGCAGCAGGUAAGACAUGCGCCGCAAACAUGCCGACUCAUCACAACAAGCUCCCGGAGUGCAGAUUAGUCUCUGAAGUGCAAAAGUUCAAUAAGAAGAGCGGAACCUAAGCAGAAGAGUGACCCCGCCCUCAGGUUAGAUGACGGGUCAGUACCGAUCGUCUAUACACGGAUGAUUGUUCAGGUCAGGUGAUUAGUAAACGCUGAGUCAUCCUAAAAUCCAACACGCCCUCUGACCCCCAGGUCACAGCGCCGCAGUACCAGGGGAGUGCCACCGUCCCUGAGCUCUCUAGGCUUCGGACUCCAGGUCCUCAGGUCCGUCUGCGUUGCUGGCGUCGCUGGCGUCGGCCUCCAGCAGCAGGAACUUGCCGUCGUUGGUCAGCGGCAUGUUCUUCAUCAGCUCAGCCAGAGCGUCCGGGUCCUGAGGGGGCGUGUCAGAGCUGGUCACAGAGGUGCGACAGCACCCCCUGGUGGCAGCAGCAGCAGCUUACCUUCUUGGCCUCUGUGAUGUCCUUGGCCAGACUGAUGGUGUAGCAGACCUGGAAGGAGACGACACGCGUCACGCUUCUGAGCUCACGAACCUCCGCAACCGUCACCACCUUCUCUCCUUCCGUGUUGCUCUCGAAGACAAAGGCACUGAACGACGGCGCCCCCUCCUCGUCGCCGUCACUCCAGUCCCGGCCCUCCACCACGAAGCCCAUCAGCCGGCCGUUCUCCUGGUGGGCGGCGAACUGACACACGUCUCUGAGCUGGAACUGAGAGCGGGAAGAGGUUGGACCUCGGUGUUCCGCCGGCGAGCGAGCGACACACGGGAUACUCACGCUGGUUCUCACCACCUGAGUCUGCGGGUCGAUCAGCCUGCGGCAGGAAGAGACGCGGGUCAGACCAGGGGGCGCUGUCCCGGGAGCGGGCGUACCUGAGGCUGCUGCUGGUGACCAUCAGGUGCGACUCCGUGGUCCUGAAGAUGUUGUGGAUGGCUCGCGCUGCAAGCACCUGCCGCAUGGCUUCGUAGAUCACUUCCUGGUUGUUGCCGCAGCGCACCGCCAUGGAGCCCAGGAAGCGCACGGCGAACACCUGCUGCAGCAGCGAAUCUGAGGCGACACACGGAGCGAUGAGUGCCCAGAAUCGUGCCGAGGCCGAAUGCGAACGUUACCGUCGCUCUCUGAAGAGCAGUCCUCGUCUGUUUCUCCAAACGGGUUUGUGCGUCUGUCGGGAUCGAACACAAGUCACUGAUCUGAAGAUUGAACAAAGAUAUGGACCAAAACCCAGCCAGGCUUAUGACUGCUGAAGAGCAACCAUAGCUACGAAGGAGCCAAGACGGAGAGGUUUGUGGCCCAGGAGAAUCCCACCGUGUCGACUGUCUCUCCCUCCAUCACUCCUCCCCUCCUCGCUCUCUCACCUCCCGCCGGCUCUGUUCUGGUCCUGGAACUCCGACGCCGGCAGCAUGAUGUCAAACUGGAUGGGCGUCCCAGGAGCGAUCAAGUCUUCUGGUUCCGGGGGCCCGGUCUUCUGGGAGCCAUUGCUGGCACCACCUGGCUUCGCCCUGCAGGAACCACAUGGAGAGGACAGGAAGCUCACAGGCUGCCGGGCGUUUUGACUGACAGCUUCAUGACAGGGGCCCUGGUGAGGCUUCACGCUGACGUUCCUCAUGACAGCAGCAGAAACAGACCUGAGGACCAGCGUGACAUUCAGGUGGCCGACGAUCUGCUGCUGGAUUUGUGUGUCUGCAGGCGGAGCUCCGCUCACAUCCUGAGGCUGCAACAGUUUCAGUGCCGCCCGUGCACCUACAUGACCUUUGACCUGGGGAUGUCAUCUCAUCUUUUUUACCCUCCAAUUUUAUAAGGGUUGACUUUCACUGUUGAUUAAAAUUUUAACAUUUCAUUUUUUUGAGUCGCGUCUCACUCCCUGGACUGAGCGAACCUUCCCCCCAGUUUUGAAGUUUGUCAGAAGAUCAAAACACGAGUGUGGCGCCGGCAGAGUCUGACCUGUCGGGGUCGGCC